AUGACCGUCCCAAAGCUCGUCCUCUACAACUCAGAUCUCUGCCCCUACGCCGCUCGUGCCGUCCUCGCCCUGGCCGAGACCAACCAGGACUACGAAGUCGUCCCCAUCGACCUCUCCGUCCCCCGCCCCGAGUGGUACCUCAAGGACAUCAACCCCUAUGGCCAGGUCCCUGCUCUGAAGAUUGAUGAUAAGGAUAUUAUCCUUGAGUCGCUUUUUGUUGCUGAGUACAUUGCUGACUUGCACCCCGAGUCUGGUCUCCUCCCCAAGGACCCAUUGCAGCGCGCCCAGACCCGCUACCUGAUCCACCACUGGGGUGCACGCACCCAACCCGCCCAUCACAAGGCAUCUUUCAUCACCGACGCCACCGAGGCCGCCGCCAACCGCGAGGCCCUCGUCGCUGAGCUCGAGAAGGUCAACAAGUUGCUCGUCGACGCCCACCGUGUCGAGGGUGAUGGCCAAGGUCCCUUCUUCCUCGGUGACAAGUUCACCUUUGCCGAUUUGGCGAUCGCUCCCUUCUUGGGCCGCUUCUUCCUUUUGGGACAGUACAACGAUAACAAGGAAGUGACCAAGGAGGAGUUCCCUCAGUUGGAGAGGUUCUUUGAGUGGAAGGAGGCCGUCACUGCACGCUCGAGCGUUCAGAAGGCUACUCCUUCCAAGGAGACAUUGACCACCAACUACCGCAAGUGGGUCAAGUAA